UUUCCGGGGCGUGUCAGGUUUCUGCUUCUGCCUAUGGGGUUCGGAAAAACGAAAGUGCUCUCGCCUCUCGCCAGUAUGCUUUUCUUGUACAGAGGGUUCUUGCCGAUCACGGUGAUGCCGCCAGCGCUGUUUCAGAUCACACAAGACGACUUGCGCGACUCCUUACGCGGAGCGCAAAUCCAC